CUCGUGGACAAUAAGAAGCAAAUUACGGAAUUGAUUUCGAACCAAGAUAUGCAGAGCCAUGGCCAAACCCCUGUUUAUGGUGGUCACCCUCAACACCAACUGUCCGACACACCCGGUAUGGAUCCAAGACUUAGCCACGAGCGCCAUGUAGUUCACGAUUACAUGCGUGGACAGGGACCGAUUUCUGUGCCUUCUGUCGGACAUCAUACUUCAUCCAUGGACCUCAACAACGGCUCUAAUACUGGUAUUGCAGCUUCAUCCGAGCUCAGGGACGCAGCAACAAUGGCGUCCAGACAUGGAUAUCUUAUGGGGCAUGGACCAAUUUUCGCCAGUCCCAACCUUGGAUCUGUUGAAGCAAUGACCGGCCAGCAUCAGUUUCAUCCAUCGGCACAGCAGCACUUGGAAAACCAUACACCGCAUCAACAUCAGCAUCAUCAAUAUCUCCAUGAUCGUGAAGCCCCAGCACACCAUGCGGCAAUGUCGAUGGCACCAUCAUCUGGCCCAGCACCAGGGAACCCCAAGCCAAUAAGAAGACGUAUGCGCAUGAUAACAUCGUGCCUCGAGUGUCGCCGGAGGAAGCUCAAGUGUGACAAAUCUAACCCCUGCGCCAACUGCACCAAGUUCAAUCGAGAAUGCCUAUACCUUGGGGCCAAGCUGGAUGAGGCGAGUCAACACCGCCUCACCGAGAUCAAGGAAAAGGCCGGUGCAUUGGAGCGCCAGCUCGAGCGUUCGGUGGCCAGAUCAGCCUCACGCAGCUAUAGCCAGCAACGAAUUGUGGCGGAUGAUGUUGAGGACGAAUACGCCGACGAGCGAGAGCUCGAAGCAACCCCGAUGGUUGCGCUAGACCUUACGUACGAUGAUCCAGACGUUGAACAUACCACCGAUGAUAUAAUUGAUUUGGGAAUACAAGUCGGAAAGAUGCGUAUCACUGAGCGAAUCGGAGGACUCAAUAGGCCAAGGAUAUCAGAAGAGAUUGAGGCAGGAUUAUCUGCAUCCCCACCGCAGACCCUAGGAUAUGAUCACAUGCCUGGACAGACUUCCCGGGCUGACAGCAUUUCUGCAGCCAACGGGUCCGAAAUAGUCAUCCCUGACUUCUUGCGCCCUGGCACCUCUUACAUUCCACCGACAAGUGGCUACUUCUUUGGACAGGUGGUACAAUCGCCGAGCCUGGAACAACUACUUCCUAGCUCCAGGGGAAUGGGAGAUGUCUUGUUGCAGCGUUACUACGAUGCAGUACAUCCUAUAGCCCGCUGUGUCCACUGGCCAAGCUUUGAGCAGACAUAUCAAUCGUUUUGGGACGAUUGCAACGCCGGUUAUGAGCCCCGACCAUCGGUACAGGCUGUGGUGUUUGCUGCAUGGUUCAGCGCUGCUGUUUCCCUGGAGCAUGACGGCGACGUCCGUAUGUUCGGCGAGUCCAAAGCUGCACUAAUGCAGAAAAUGAAGAUUGGAACAGAAGCGGCUUUAAGCAAAGCCAACUUCCUCAGGACAACGCGAGUGGAAACUUUGCAGGCUUUCAUCAUGUACAUGAUACCACUAUGUCGUGCCGAGAUCUCGAGGGCUCACUCGGUCUUGGUUGGAGCCGCAGUGAGGAUGGCGGAAUGCAUGGGCCUACACCGUGAUGGGGAAGCGUACGGAUUGACGCCGCUCGAGACACAUGUGCGAAGACUACUUUGGCACCAGCUCUGUUUCCUGGACGUCCGGACCUGCGAGGCUCAAGGACCCAAGCCGGCCAUUAGAAGGGAGGACUAUGACACGAGUCUGCCUUUAAAUUGCGAGGAAGAGGAUCUCACCAACGCGAUCGAACCACCUAGUCCUGCUGAGAGGUGGACAUCGGCCUUGCUGCCACUGAUGCGCUUCGAGAUAAACGAGAUGAUGCGCAACAUAUGGAUGGACCGACGCAGACUCGAGAGCCACAAGACCACCGUCACCAAUGUUUUGCAAAAGAUUGGCAACUUCCGGAAACGCCUAUUGGAGAAGUACGAAAGGUUUCUCGACGACCGUGUGCCGAUACAGCGUUACGCAAAACUGGUCAUGCACCUACUUACGCACCGGCUCUAUGCCAUGAUACUCCACCCGUACUACGCCAACACUUCGAACCCUAUGCCUCCGCGGCUCAACAGUGUACUCAUUUGGGGUGGUGUAGGGAUCAUCGAGAUAUCUAUACAGCUCGAGACCAACCCGGACUUUGCCCCCUGGUCCUGGUAUUUGGGAGCUUAUCAACAGUACCAGAUUGCGCUCCUCCUGGCCACCGAGAUUUACUAUCGACCCGCCAAUAAGGAAGCCGAUCGCAUCUGGGCCUGUCUUGAUCAUGUUUUUGGUAUGGAGAGAAACCUGAGCCGAGAUGAGAAGGGUGCCCUGAUAUUACAUGAGAUUGCUGAAAAGACUUCGAUCUACAUGGGCAUGCGAAAGAUGCGUGCACCCAGGAGCACUACUGAGGCAGUGCCAGAUAAACAGCCCAUCAAGACUGAGGGUAGCGUGUCUCCGUCGGCAGCUGUGCUCGCAGCUGCGGAGCCAUACAACCACCAACCAGCCCAGAAUCAAAACCAUCAACCCCACCAUCAGGAAAACGAGCAGCAGUCAACCGGUCAGCCAAACUUGCAGUACUCGCCGCCAUUAUUCACGCAAAAUCAGUCUCAACACAGACACCAUCACCAGCACUCCCCGGGAAGCUUCAAGAUAGAACCCGGAAUUCCAUCAACCAUGAUGCCAACUGCGCCAAUCACAGGUACAGGAGGCAUAAGAGGAGCGCCCAUGUCUUCACAAACAGGCAUACCUAUGCACAUACCACCUGGUCCGCCACAAAACGUGGUCUUUGCUGGCGUUUCCAACGGAGAGGUACUCUGGAGUCUCCCACCCCAGAAUCCUGGCAGCCCGGAAGCCAGUAGCGAUGGUGGCAGCGUCGCUGGGCAUCCUCAACGAAGUGGCCAGAUUCCUGCACCGCCUGGCGGAGGAGCCAUGUGUGGCAUUGACUGGGCCGCAUGUACCGAUGCCAUCAACGCAAUCUUUCCUAGCGACCCUCAGACAGGCGAAUUUUCCAUGAACGUUUUCGUGGAUCCUAAUGUUGGAAUGAAAUGGAGCAGCUGAGUAGUGCAUAUUACGCUCUUUUGCCACUCGUUCAAGAUGAAUUGGUAAAAAGAAUGACAAAAUUGUCCGAUAUAAGUCCUGUAUCAUCUUGGCAGUAUACUCCUGCAUCUCCCACCACUCACUUUGUGUCAAAUGAAAAUAGGCGUCUGUGUAGGGAGGCUCGCAUUAUUUCAAGCUGACUUUUUUUC